AUGCCGCAAUCACACCACAGUCACUCGGGCCAAUUCUGUGGACAUGCGAAGAACAAGCUAGAAGAGGUCAUCCAGGCUGCAAUUGUCAGAGGUUUUCACAGCUUUGCACUGACAGAGCACAUUCCAAGGGAGCUUGUAGACUUCUACCCAGAAGAGACCGAUUCUCACAACGAGGAGAGUCUUGUCAAGCUGUUCGACGACUACUACACCGAGGCACUCAGGUUACGAGAUGUGUAUUCUCACCAGAUACAGAUCCUGAUUGCCUUCGAGUCUGAAUGGAUACGACCAUCCUCGCUCGACAUCAUCAAUCGUAUUCUACAGAAGUAUACUUUCGACUUCUUCAUGGGCUCCAUCCACCACACCCACACAAUACCGAUCGACUUCGACCGCGCGAUGUACGAACAAGCUCGACAGAAGGCUGGCGGCACAGACGAGAGGCUUUUCGAAGACUACUUUGAUGAGCAGUACGACAUGCUCCAAGCACUCAAGCCGCCUGUGGUGGGUCACUUCGACCUCAUACGCCUGUUGAGCGAUCACAAAGACACUGCAUUCGAAGGAAUGGGUGGUGUAUGGAAGAAAAUGCAGCGCAACCUGGAGUUCAUCGCCUCUUAUGGCGGGCUGCUUGAGUUCAACUCCGCUGGUCUGCGUAAGGGCCUGGCAGAGCCGUACCCCUGCUUGCCCGUCACCAAGAUGUUCUUGCGCAUGGGCGGCGGGUUCGUGCUGUCUGACGAUAGCCACGGUAUCGAACAAAUUGGCACCAACUACCCUCGUCUCUUGGAAUACAUCCAGAAGACCGGGCUCGAAAGGGUACAUUUCGCUGCGAGGGGAUGCGGAGAGCGGAUAGAUAGCCGCUUCCCCAGUGUAGGCUUCUCCGCUAUCGCAGUGGCUGACCUGGCACAAUUACCUUUUUGGUCAAGAUUGCUGUAG